AUGUUAUUUGCAUAUUAUUCUGUGUGCAUCAACAAUACUUUAUUAGUUCUUAACGAAAUUUAGUUUCAUUUGUGCCAUGUGAACAGUAUAACGUGCGUAACCAUAUCGUUUCCCUCUGUCUCAAUGUAUUCGCGUAGUUGAUAUUGACAAAAUUUAGUCAUUUCACCGUUUCUUGUCACUAUACCGUGUUUAAGUGUGUUACUUCUGUGGCCGAAUAAUGUUUCUACGUCGCUUUAGUAUGCGUCGAUCGUUUUACGCAAAAAUAACCUUUUUAUUAAUAUUCUUGAUUUGCCUGUUAUUUUACUUUAAAUACAUUGGUGCAAAUGAAAACAAUGUGGUUGAUAAAGACAGUCAUUAUGAACCACAUAUUGACGUUCGGAAAUUUGACAGCAACUAUGAGCAAGAGAUUCGCAUGGACAUUGCUAAACAAGUACCAAAAUUAGGUAAUGAUGGCAAAGCCGUCACGUUGACUGGCAAAAGUAAAGAGAUUGGUGAACAGCAACUGGCCAAGAUCGCUCUAAAUGAAGAGCUUAGUGAACAUUUAAGCUAUAAUCGUACAACGCCGGAUGCUAGAAAUCCACUUUGUAAAAAUCGAAUUUAUGAUUUGAAUAGUUUACCAACUACCAGUGUUGUGAUCAUAUUUUAUAAUGAACCGUAUUCGGUUAUUCUAAGAACGAUUCAUAGUGUUCUCAAUACGUGCGAUCGAAGAAUCCUAAGAGAAGUGAUAUUAGUCGACGAUGGCAGCACGCUGGAAGAUGAUAAAGGCAAAAUGGAUUACUACAUCGAGACCAGAUUAUCCACCGAUAUCGUCAAGGUUUUGAGACUGAAACAUCGGAUGGGAUUAAUUCGUGCCAGACUGGCUGGAGCCCGUUUAGCUAGGGGAGACGUGUUAGUGUUCUUGGAUGCCCAUUGUGAAGGUGUUGUUGGCUGGCUAGAGCCGUUACUCCAAAGAAUAAAAGAAUCGCGCACCAGCGUACUAGUGCCGAUAAUCGAUGUUAUCGAUGCUAAAGAUUUCCACUAUAGUGUCAAUGGCUACAAACAUUUUCAGGUGGGUGGCUUUUCAUGGGGUGGACAUUUCGACUGGAUCGAUGUGACAGACCGGGAGAAAGAACGUCGACGGAAAGCGUGCGAUUAUGACGAAGAAAUAUGUCCAACGUGGAGUCCAACCAUGGCUGGCGGAUUAUUUGCUAUAUCGCGGGACUAUUUUUGGGAAGUUGGCAGUUACGAUGAGCAAAUGGAUGGCUGGGGCGGUGAAAAUCUGGAAAUGUCCUUCCGAAUAUGGCAGUGUGGCGGUACACUGGAGACAAUACCGUGCUCUCGGGUCGGUCACAUAUUUCGAGAUUUUCAUCCAUAUUCAUUUCCUGACGAUAAAGACACACAUGGUUUGAAUACAGUUCGAAUGGCACAAGUUUGGAUGGACGACUACAUCAACUUAUUUUACUUGAAUCGGCCUGACUUAAAAGAUCAUCCUGAAGCUGGUGAUGUAACGCAUCGACGCGUUUUACGGGAAAAAUUAAAAUGCAAAUCGUUCCAGUGGUACUUAGAAAAUAUUUUCCCGGAGAAGUAUAUACCCACCAAGAACGUUCAAUAUUAUGGCCGAGUUGCAGCUGUUACGACCAAUCUGUGCCUCGAUGACUUACAAAGCACCGGAGACAACCCGUAUAAUAUUGGCGUUUAUGGAUGCCAUCGUCCAAACGUAUCAAAGUCUCAAUUUUUCUCGUUGACCAACGAAGGCCUGCUUCGGAGUGAGGAUGCUUGUGCUUCCGUCCAAAAUAGCGCAUCCGCAAAAAAUUACGUUGUGAUGAUCUCGUGUUCGUCGAAUAACAAACUGAACGAGAAAUGGGAAAUGACAGCUGAACGACAGAUACGCCACAUCGAGACUGACAUGUGUUUGGACCAUGAAGGAUUGCACUCUCAGGACCAUGCACUCGUGAGAAAAUGUGAUACGAAUAGUGGCACACAACAGUGGACGAUCGAACAUUAGCGGUUCCAGCUGAUGGUUUUUACAUAUCACAUUAUUAUUUUAGUCCGUUAAAACCUCUACACCUCUAACUAAAUUGCGAUAUAGUCCGGGGUAUUGCCGUCAAAAGUAAGAACUACGUUGCUUGGAACGUAUCAUAAGAGAAAGUUGUUUUGCUAAGAAAAAUGCUUGCGAACAUGAGCUCUAUGAUGGGUUUCAAGCAACUCGAGUUGUUGAAUCUUGACAUUGCUACCUCCACCAAUUUUAUUGGUGACCAAUUGUUUUUGAUUGUUAAAUUAAACGAAGAAAUGUAUAAAUAGUAGUCGGUUCGGGGUACAUGUACUUUUUUGUUCUACAAUUUUGAGUCAAUGCCGUUGGUUGUUACUUUUAAGUGUUAAAAAUUAUUAUUUUUAUUGAUAAGUGGAUAUGGGAGCAACCUGACUGUCGAUGGUUGACCUUUUGGAAACGGCAUAUUUGUCAUCGACAUGAAUGACAACUAUUUGUCUGCAGCUUUAUUUUAAACUAA